UCCCCUCAUUGUUCGUACCUGAGUUCGUCCAGAUUCUGCAUCCAAAUCUUAAGUGCACACGCGACCAAGGUGGAUACGUGGGGGCUCCACCGGUACCGGCAGCAGCACCUUCCAGGCCUGGAUAAGAACCGCGGGGAAGACCCUGGGAUUCGAAAAGACAGGACAGCAUUGAGAAUCAGGUUCUGGAGACCAGCUAUCCUUUCACCCCUACCCACUGCACUCCAAAAUCAGGGACAAAAAAGCCCACCCAUAAUGCCAUUCUCCUGGGAAUCCAUCGUCUCCUUCUUCUCCCCUCCCGCUUCGCGGAACCCCUCGCCCUCACCCUUCUCAUCCCCAUUCUUCAACUCAACCGAAGCCGCCACAUCACCAACCAAACAAAACGAUCUGCCGAUGCCUCCAACGUCGGCGUUCACCGCCUCGGCGAGCGCGCCCAUCGCCUCGCUCGCCGACUCCUCCUCCUCCCUCGCGGCCAGCGAGCGCGACUACUUCCCGCCGACCUCCCACCACCGCCGGCCAUCCAUGUCCUCGACAUCGACGACGUCCACCGUCCCUUCCGAUAUCCAAAGGCCGCACCACCCGCCGAGGACGCACACCACCCCGGCGCCCGCCACCAACCCCUCCGACGAUGACGAAACCCGGCCGCCUGCCCCGCGGCGUGCAGCAACCUCCGCCGCCGCCGCAUCCGCUGCCGUGGAUGGGCCCCUCGACCCCCUGUCGCGCGAGUACCCAAAGCCGACACACGAGCCGAGCCUGGACGAGCUGCUCUCGCGGCCCCCGCUCAAGUGGUCGCUGGGCCACUACGUCAAGAGCGCGCGGGAGCGCAAGACGGUGGACAACGACGGCCAGGAGGAGGAGGAGGAGGAGCGGCGCCGGCGGUUUGAGGAGGCCAAGCGGAACUUGCUGAGGGCCAAGGAGAUGAUUGACGAGUCUGUUGCCGCGAGGCGGCGGUAGGCAGGGUUCAUCUCUGCUGUUUCGAAGGCAAGGGGGAGGGGAUGAAGAUUGACUGGGGAUGGUUUUUCUCUCGAUUUUUUCGAGAGGGACGGCCUAGAGCUGGCCGAGGGGCUGAGUCGAGUGCGAUUUCGAGCGAAGCAAGCAUCAUCUGCCGGCGUUAACGAAUUUCUUUCGGUCUUUUGAUUUCGGUCUUUUUCGACACGGAUUUGCGGCACAUUUUUGGUUGCGA